AUGGAUGACAUGCCCAUUCAGCCAGAGGAGGACCCCGGCCCUUCUUAUACUCGAGAAAAAUCCUUAGAGAUCGAAGUGGGAAGCUCAGAACCAGAGUCGGAUUCAGAUUCGAGUUCAGAUGGAGAGGAAUCCAUAAAAUCAACCCGUUCCUAUCCACCCCAAAACCUCGCCUACGUCGAGGAAAAUGGCCGACGAUACUGCGAUGAGAAAUAUUUCAUGCCCAACGACGAAUCAGAAUUAACUCGUCUAAACAUCGUUCACCAAAUCUAUCUGAUCCUCCUCGAAGGCCGCCUCACCUUAGUCCCAUUCAUGACCGAUUCUCCGCGCAUCCUUGAUAUCGGCACAGGACCAGGCGACUGGGCCAUAGAAAUGAGCGCCCAAUACCCAAACGCCACCAUCAUCGCCUCCGACCUAGGCAUCUUCGACUCCGGCGUCGCUCACGUCUCCCUGCCAAACGUCGACUUUCAACUUGCGGACGCUCAAUCCCAAUGGACAUACCAUGAGCCCUUUGACCUGAUUCAUAUCCGUGGUCUCUCCGGUGCCUUCAGGGACUGGCACGCCGUCUACCAGCAAGCUCUCGCACACCUGAAACCAGGCGGGUAUAUCGAGAUUGCAGAUACGGAUCCGGCCGGCGAUACCAUCACGCUCACUUUGGAUCCCGAGAAUGAGCAUAAUAAUGACGAAGGAGAAGGAGAUGGAGCCGAAGACAAAAACCAAGACGAAGACGAAGACGGUGAUGCCAAAACACCAAGCCUGAAGACCUACGCCUCGGCCCUCCGCGCCUCGGGCGAAAUCUCAGGCCGUCCCCGAGACCUCCGCCACCUCCGCAAAGAAGCUCUCCUAGCAGCCGGAUUCAGCGAUAUCAACGUCCUUGAACACACCUUUCCCGUCGGCCUGUGGCCUGAGGAUACCGGGGAGAAAACCCUCGGUAAGAUGGCGCUUAUUGUACUGCUUGAGGGGCUGGAGGCGCAUGCGCUUCGCCCGCUCACGAGCUUCGCGGGCUACACGCUUGAGGCGGUUAGGGAGCUGUGUGAGAAGGUUCGGGGGGAGGUUCUUGGGGCUGCGAAGAUUACGGCUAGAGUGCGCUUUGUUACGGCUAGGAAGCCGGCUUCGUUUGCAAGGCGGAGGGAGGAGAUUCUGGCUAGGGCUUUGGCUAGGGCUAGGGAAUUGAGUGGGGACAUGGGGUGA